AUGGACCUGCAAGAACGCGCUGUAAUAGUGGCUGUUCAGUUAAAAUCGUCAACAUACACAAAGGACCGGCUGUCUGCCCUGGGCGAGGCGCUUAAAAUAACAAAAGAAGACGGCAUAAUUGGAGGAACAGAGUUUCUGGAUUCUCUUAUUUUUCUGCUGCAAAGCACCCCAGAGAAGUGCACGGAGGAAAUAUAUAAAAUACUGAGUGCAGUGUUCACGGGCAAGAACGGGAGAGAGUUUUCAAACAUAUUCGUCACAAAAAUAGGGCCAGGCUUUAUCAUAGACACAGCUGCAAACAGCGCAAACAGCGCCAGCGACCUCAUAAAGAGCACUCUUCUGACCGUGGUGGACCACAACAAGGUUGCGCUGGCCGAGGAGAUAACCCGAAGCAGCAAGCACAGUCUGCUUAUAGAAGAGGCCCUAAGCGGAAGCGAGUUUGUGAUAGACAUGCUGGUGCGUCUGGGGAAAGACUCAAAUGCGUUCAGGAAGUUUUUAAUAUUCAAUGGGUUUGUAGAGGGCAUCAUGGAGACAGGCCGCAGCAAAGACAGAGGCCUUGCUCGGUGCAGCAUACAGUCGCUGGCAGAGCUGAUGAACAGCGACAUUUCCAUUGUAAGCUACUUUUUUGAGAUGGGGUGGAGAAGCUGGCUGGAGUCCACGCUCAAAACCCACACAGAGCAUGCUCUCCGGGUGGUGUACGCGUUUGCAGCAUACCCAAAGUACCGGCCUCUUUUAGAAAGCUUUUCCAGCACGCUGUUCCGAAUAAAAGACGCAGCAGCGCUUUUUCUCCUCUCCUACACAGACGCCGUGCGAGACCCGCAGUUUGCAGCUGUUUUGAAGCAGCCGCUUUCUGCGUGUCCGUGCAGGAUGAACUUUGUGCUGGGAAUGCACUCAAACUUGCAUGCAAAAGUGCACAGCGCCCAGAAAGAGAAAAUAGGCUCUCCAGAAUACUUUGGGCUCGUGUCCAACUUUGCACAGGACGUGUCUGCGCAGGAAGUGGCUGAGUUUCUAGCAGACUUUUCCAGCCUUCCUGCAAUGCCUCUGACAAGUGCGCUGCUCUUUCUCAAAACCUCCAUAGCAGUUGCUCUUAGAGAGAUGUCCGAGCAGGUGUUUUCGCAGGAGAUCCUUCUUUUUCUGCGAGAGCUUUUGCAGAAGGACUCCCUCGCCAUGGACUUGCGCGUGCUUGUGGGGUUCUGGCUGCUGCUGGGAUACAUGCACUGCAAAGACACACCCUUUUUUGUGGAGUCUGUCUUCGCAGACUUCCAGGAGACAAUUCUUCCAAUGGCCCUUCGGUUUCUUACCUCUCUGCAGCACCCUGCGCACAACUCGGUCUGCCAGGAGGGAAACUGCAGCAGAUGCUACUUCUUGCAGGUGACAAGCCCCAACGUAUUGCCGCAUUCCGUGUACCUCCUCACGCAGCUACUGUGGGUUCCCACACCACUACACAGCCUUGUGCUUUAUAAGUUUUCUGAGAUAUUCGCGUCUCUACAGACUCCGCCUCCACAGCCCGCAGAGCCUGUGCCGCAGAAAGCAGCCCCGCAGGAGACAGCGCCACAGGCACCUCCUAAAACCCCCAGCAAAGAUUGCUGCACAAGUACUCCGCCAAAAAGCCCUCCCUCGGGCAUAUACGACUUGUAG